AUGCCGUCGGCUCCGCGCGGAUCCCUGGCGCUGCUUGCGGCCUCCAGCGUCUCCUUUGCGAGCGCUGCCGAUGCCAGCGUCAUCCACCUGCCGUUGCAGCACCGCCCGAAGAGCCUGGCGCACGCGCUCGCUGCACAGGCCCGCCGUGCCAAUUUCAAAGGCGUCGAGGCCCACCAGGUGCUCGAUGGGCUGCCCUCCGUGUCCCUGACGGACGUCCAGGACUCCGAGUACUUCGGCGAGGUGGAGAUCGGAACGCCGGCGCAGAAGUUCACGGUCAUCUACGAUACGGGCUCCUCGAACUUGUGGGUGCCCAGCAAGGGCUGCACCAAUUGCAAGCCCAAAUCCCCCAGCUACGACUCGACUGCGUCCAGCAGCUUCAAGAAGGACGGUCAGCCGUUCGCCCUCCAGUACGGCACAGGCAGCUGCAACGGCUUCAUCAGCCAGGACAGCGUCAGCGUGGGGGGGCUCACGAUCUCGGAUUUCAAGUUCGGCGAGGUCACCACUGAAGCGAAGGACGUGUUCGGAGAGGCGCCUUUUGACGGCAUCCUCGGCAUGGGCGUCCCCAAGGCGGCAGUCGAUAAGGUGCCUAUGCCUAUGGACCAGCUCGUGGCUCAGGGCAAGGUGCAGCACAACAUCUUUGCCUUCUACCUGUCGUCUGGCGGCAAGUCCGGCUCCACCCUCAGCCUGGGCGGCACGGACCCCGCAUUCUACACCGGUGACUUCACCUACGUGCCGACUGCCCUGGCCGCAAAGUUGCUGCCCUACUGGCUGGUUUCCGCCUCCGACCUCAAGGUGGCUGGCCAGAGCACGGGCUCCUGCAACCAUUGGACCGGCUGCUACAUGGUGGUCGACACCGGCACCAGCGUGAUCGCCGGGCCGCCGGGUGCUGUCGACGCGCUGACGUCAAAGAUCGGCAACGUUUCCCAGGACUGCUCCAACGCGGGCACGCUCCCGACGGUCGCCAUCACCAUGGCCGGGAAGGACUUCGAGAUCGGCCCAGACUUCUACGUCAUCCGAGCUGCGGGCGAGAACGGCGAGCAGCAGUGCAUGCUGGGCAUCCAAGGGGUCAACGCCGGCGUCCCCAUCUGGAUCCUGGGGGACCCCUUCCUGCGCAAGUACUACACCGUCUGGGACGCCGAGCAGCAGCGCGUCGGGUUCGCGCUCGCCAAACAGCCGUCCGAGUCCACGCUGGUGGUGUGA